UUUUCAGUAGAAAAAAGCUCAGUGGGGCCAGGCAAGGAGGCUCUCACUGCCCUUUAAGGCCACACGUGAUAUGGGAUGGACUUUGCCCUUCCCUUGGGCUCAGGCACAGACAGUGUGUGGGCACCGGCUGCCAGCAUGGGAAAGGAUGAGGUGCUCAGGCAAGAGCUGGGCCACCUUCAUGACAUCCCACUCUACAAAUCCUUUGUGGCAGGCUGGCCGCAGGUGGAGGCCUUCCAAGCCCAGCACGAUGACCUGCUCAUCGCUACCUACCCCAAGUCUGGCACAACAUGGCUGAGUGAGAUCCUGGAUGCAAUCUACCAUGAUGGCAACUUGGAGAAAUGUCGGCGGGAUGCGAUCUAUAACAGGGUGCCCUUCCUGGAGAUGAAGGUCCCUGGGAUACUGAAUGGUGUUGAACAGCUGGAGAAAACCCCAUCCCCACGGUUGGUGAAGACCCACCUGCCAGUUCACCUCCUCCCGGCCUCCUUCCAGGAGAAGGACUGCAAGGUGAUCUAUAUGGCUCGCAAUGCCAAGGACGUCGUAGUCUCCUACUACUACUUCUACCAGAUGGCCAAGAUCCACCCUGAUCCUGGCACACUGAGCGAGUUCCUGCAGGCAUUCAUGGAUGGGAAAGUGGCCUAUGGGUCCUGGUACAAGCAUGUGAAGGGCUGGUGGGAGAAGAGGCACGAGAAGCGGCUUCUCUACCUCUUCUAUGAGGAUAUGAAGAAGGACCCAUGGGGAGAGGUUCAGAAAAUCCUGCAGUUCCUGGACAAGGAGGUGGCAGAGGAGAUGGUGACAAGGAUCCUCCAUCACACCUCCUUCAAGGAGAUGAAGAAGAACCCUACCGCCAACUAUGAGACAAUGCCCACUACACUGAUGGACCACAGCCUCUCCCCAUUCAUGCGGAAAGGCAUCUGCGGCGACUGGGCGAAUCACUUCACUGUGGCUCAGAAUGAGUGCUUUGACCGGCACUACCAGCAGCACAUGGCAGGCUCGGAUCUCUGCUUCCAGAUGGAGGCAUGAGGGCUGCACAUCGUGGGGGCUCGGCACCCAGUGGGGAGCAGGCACUGGAUUCCUGCUGCAGCAGUGCCAGACUGGGGCAUGCUACCAUUCGUUUUUAUUCCUGUAAUAAAUUGCAAUAAACAGAAUAUUGCCAAGAA